CAGAGGUCUGCGUGUACUCUUACCCACUGAGGCGGGAUCGUUGCGGUAACGUUUAGUCUACUGCUAGCUAGAGGAAGUAAUGCCAGUCUAUCACCCUCCGUCACAAUUACGAAUAAUAAGAAGCUUUUUGGUUGAAGGACCUUCCAACCUAAUUACGUAUUGGUACGAGAUAUAAUUAGUUACUAGUUAUCUGUGGUUCACCGUAAUGGCUUUCAUGGAGAAGCCGUCAGCUGGGAAGGUUCUCCUGGACGACACGGUUUCGCUGACAGCGGUAAUCGAAACCAGUCAGAGCUUACAGUCUCAUACAGAAUACAUUAUUCGUGUACAAAGGGGAGUCUCCACAGAAAACAGCUGGACUGUAAGUGAACUGGAUCAACUCAAUUUAGUCAUUAGGAGAUACAGUGACUUUGACAUGCUUAAUAAUAGUUUGUUGAUGUCAGGCCUCAACCUGCCACUUCCUCCCAAAAAGUUAAUAGGGAACAUGGACAGAGAGUUCAUAGCCGAGCGACAGAAAGGUCUUCAGGCGUAUCUGAACUUUCUGACGCAGCACCACAUCCUCUCAAGCUGUGAGCUGGUCAAAAAGUUCCUUGAUGCUAACAGUUAUUCUGCAAACUACACAGAAAUAGCCUUACAGCAGGUGUCCAUGUUCUUUAGGUCAGACCCAAAAUGGGAAGUUGUUGAGCCUUUAAAAGACAUGGGCUGGAGAUUGCGAAAACGGUACUUCUUGGUCAAAAACAAAGAGCAGAUCAAGGAGCGACAAGUCUUAAUUUGGGUUGACUUUGGUCCAGAUAAGUUCUUGUGUGACAAAGAUCUGCAGACCACAAUGAAGCUUCUGCCUUCUUUGACUCAUCCGUUCAUCUGUCCAGUCAUGUUUGCCUCUACUAGUGAGUCUUCAGCUUUAGUGAUUCGAAUGUUCAACGACAAAGGCACGCUUAGGGAUCAUAUUUGCAAGGUGAAGCCAAAGGAACCAUUCCUGAAGAAGUACUGUAACCCCAAAAAGAUCCAGGGUUUGGAGCUCCAGCAAAUCAGAACUUAUGGGAGACAGAUUUUGGAGGCUUUAAAAUUCCUUCAUGAUAAGGGAUUUCCAUAUGGGCAUCUCCAUGCCUCCAACAUUGUCAUUGAGGACAACACAUGCAAACUCCUGGACAUAGAAAACUCCCUGCUAGGGCUUCCCUCUUACUACCGGCCAUAUGUAACGCAGUUUAGAAAAAUUAACACCACAGAAAGUAUUGACAUCUACUCUUUUGGACACUUGCUGUACGAAAUGACGUACGGGAGGCCUCCUGAUGCAGUUCCAGUUGACCAAUAUCCGUCUGUAGCCUACAUGUCAGUUGUCUCGGUCCUGCAGUCCAUCCUGACCACCGAGGCAUGUAAAACAGGGAUGCCCACUGUGUCUCAGCUCUUACAAACACCCCUGUUUAGUGAUGUGCAGCAGUUCAACUCAGAAAAGCCCCAGUUCAAGAUCACAUCCAAAUUGAAGGAGGCCUUAAAAUCAUCGAAAGAAUGCUUGGAAAAGCGUCUCCAAGAGGAACAGAGAGCAAUUCAUCAGCACAGAAGACUGACACGGGCAAAGUCGCACCACGGCUCUGAAGAGGAGAAGAAGAGGAGAAAGAUCCUGGCACGAAAGAAAUCCAGACUGUCCACAUAUGAAAAUGAUGAGGAUAUUUCUGUGAAAUACAACAACAACAACUCUGGUUCAGGAGCAAGUUCUCCACCUACUUGCCCUUCUUCACCCACUCCUCCAGCAGGUGUCCAGCAAGUGACUCCGCCUCUCCCACCACCACCUCCACCUUCAGAGAAUGAAUCCAGCCCUCCCUUCCUCCACCCGCCCCCUGUGAAUGGCGAGGGGCGGAGUGCUCUCCUCAGUUCCAUUCAGACCUUCAGCAAAGGCAGACUCAAAAAAGCAGAGACCAACGAUCGCAGCUGUCCACACAUCUGAGACACUGAGACUUAUCCUGUGCAAUUAGCCCAUGGCCUGUUCCCACAAAGCAUCUAGGGUUUGGUCAGGCCGAGAUUGGUCAGGCCGAGAUUUUUUUUUAACUGGACUGCAAUGCUUAAUUUCUAUUUAGUUUCACUCCUAUACCAGCUGCAGAUCGGGGGGGGGGUGUAGUAUGAGGUUUCAUGACUUACUAUGUUGCUAUACAGAACCCAGUCCUGGAAACUAGAGCUCAUAUGUGUGUUAACACACAUCCUACAGUCAUAUUACUGACCUCGAUAAAACACUCACUGCAGCUGCAAAACAUUUUAUGAUGCAUUUUCAGAAAUGUAACACAUUUUUAUUAAUUUCAUGCAGAAACAUCUUUUUAAGUACUUUGGCUGGUGAUUUAAUUUUGAUAGUUUUACUUCUCAUGCAAAUGCAAUUUAUUUUUAAUUUAAUGUUAUGUGGAGGCCUUUUUUUUUAUGAGAAAAUGGGAAGAAAUACUUUAGGGUUUGUGCCACAUUUAACCGUUGUGCCUAUACAAGACAAGUGGUGUUUCCUAUUUAUGGAAUUAUGAGCUGUAAAUAGUUAAUUCUCCAACUAGCAACAGUAAGAAUUAUUAUGCAAGAUUACAAUCAAUUUGUAAGUUAUACAAAUUAUGAUAUUUCCAAUAAUUAGACCGUUAAUCCUGUCCCAGUACCCUCACAUAAACCUUAAAAGGAGAGGGUUAGUCUUUUAGAACAUCUAAUCAGUCUUGAUUUUGUCUGGUAUAGAUAUUUGUGUUGAAUACUUGCUCAUUAGUCUCCAUUCAAUGUUGGUUACGUGAAGGACAAUUCAGAAAGAAUUUGAUGGGAGUGUUGACUGAAAAUAUUACUUCUCUUGCACAGAUGGAGAGAAUGACUUAAAACUCCACAAUCAUUGUUCACUUGGAUAAAGUACUAAGAAACCUGAUGGACCUGAUGAUUAGCGUGAAUAAAUGUCCAGAAAAAGCAAUGUUCCUCUAUAGUUAUCUGCCCAUUUGUAUAUACAUCCAUGCAUUUGCACUGCAGACAAGAAAAAGAUUAAAGGUUUUCAGUGAAACCAUGGGCUACUUGUACUCAGAAGUAAAUUAUAUUGGCAGAAGAAAAUCAGUUUAUUUACAGCACUUUACCACUGUUUGUCAUUGGUCUUAAAAAGAGGUAUAAAGUUUACAUGAGAUUAAAUUAUGUAAAAAGAUGGUAGGAUGUAGGGGAGAUGGGAUGAAUAUAUUUGAAAUUGAAGAUUGUGUGUUUGCCAUGACCACUGUUGUAAUCACUGGAGGUGUAUCGUCAAGCUGUUAAAAAGCAAAACAUGGUCUUGUUUCCCAUUAUAUAAGACUUGUGUUGACAAUAUUUUAACAAAAUGGUGUUGUGCUUUUGGAUGUUUUCAAGUAAAAUGAAAUAAACAGUGCUUUGUAACAUUUACUUUUCA